GGCGGUGGCGUGACGUGUGUCUGGUAGCUCCGAGUUUUUUCUGUUAACCCGCGUCUUCUGACCAACGCAGGUCAUCCGAAUCCCUCUAAACUGUCUCUUUGUCUGCGUUGGAUCAUCGUCUGUUCAUGGGAAAACGGAACAGAGGCUCCUCUGGCUCAAGUGUGGGGGAAAACAGCCCGAGUCAACAGAACCCCCCUCCCAAGACGUUGAAAAUGGCUGCCAAUCCGCCCGAGGACGUUAGUGAGGUGAGUUUAAAUUCCCUCCCUCAAGAGCUACAAACACUGGCACAACUAAUCAUGACGCAAGUAAAGAAACAGCAAGACACUGUGGUAAAGGAAUUUAAUACUGUUGGAGACAAGCUGUCGUCUCAGAUACAAACAUUAGACUCCAAAGUUGACAGCCUCACCACCGACAUGGCGGCGCUGCGGGAACGGGUGCGAGAGCUGGAGAACACCGUGGAGUUCCAGGACAGCGAGAUGAAGCGGCUCAACGACUCCCUGCUGGCUGAACGACGAGAGAGGAUCAGGACGAGCCUUCUUGCUGAGAGAUACUCGAUGAAAGCAGACGUCGUCAUUCGCGGAAUCCCAUACAACAAAGAAGAGAACUGUAGGCAAGUACUUGAGAAUUUUCUGGCCGACGAGCUCGGUCUUGAUUCUAUGCCUAUUGUUGCGGUCCAUCGACUUUCAAGACCUACAACCUCACGACCGAAUCCUCCUUAGUCCGUUUCGUGAACUACCACGAUAGAGAUUGUGUAUUGCAAGGGGGGAGGAAGUUACGGGGAAAGAACACGUUUGUGGUGUACGAGCAUUUACCCCCCCCUCUCCAAGCCGCGCGCGGUAAACUAAUUCCGGAGAGGAAUGCUGAGGCGGACAAAGCCAAGGACAGUAAAGUGAGUGUUUCGAUCUGGGUACCUCCCAAGUGUACUUACGCGGCGCUGAUGGUUAAUGGCAGGGAGAAAAAGCGAGUGGACGCCGUAGACAUUCUCCUUUCAAAGCAGGACUAGUAUGUAGAGUGUAGAAAUAGAAACGUAUAUUCAGUUCACUUGACGUUUGAAAAGAGUUAUCAUUGCUGUAUGUGUUGUUUUCUUUGCCUGUUUAGAAGACCACUCUUGUGCAAGUGGCACUCAGCAGUAUAAACGACUUUGAAAUGUUUUUUUUUACCGUUCAGCAGACCACUCUUGUGUAACUGACAAUCUGCAUGAACAAAUUUGAAAUGCUGUGACUGAUUUGCAUUAAAAAGUGGCUGUUUUCACAACAGGGCCUGAGGAAUUUUUUUGACACCUGCUAAUUAAGAGUACAUAAUGGCGCACGCUAGGUGUAAAGAAAUCACUUCCUUGUUUUGUUUUGUUUUGUUGCUCCUUUUGUUAUCAUUAUGAUUUGCCAUGUGAUAUAUGAUUUUUGCCAGCCGGACUAGGCUGAUUAGACCUUGGUGUUUCCUAAACAUAUUUUGUUUUAUUUAUUGCGGAAAAAUAGUAAUUAUUUAUGGAGCUAAAGCACAUGCUGGAAUGCCGCCAGACCACAAGCAAAAAAUGUUCUGUUGUGUUGUUGUUGUUUUGUUUCAUAUAUGGAGAGAAACACAAGUUGGAAUGCGAUCUGACCACAAAAAUCUUCAGGGCAAAAGAAUCUGUAUGUUUUCUUAUUUUACUGUUUCUUGUGAACUAUCCAAUCUUGUGUUUCUGUGUUUAGAUUUAUGUUCCAUAUUUUGGAUUUAUGUUCAGUUUGGACUUAUGU